AGAGAGCGGAAGAUGGCGGCGCAUCGAGGCUGAGCGUCGAGAUCGAUCACCGAAACACUCGAUAAGACGGAACAGGUGAAGUCUGUGAAAGCUAAAAAUUCGUCCAUCCUAUAAGGAAACGAAGGGUGCUCCUAUCUGAAUACCUUAAAUCCCCUCAUCAGUUAUGGAAUUUCCCUGGCAUUGUGUGAAAGUCCUUGGGCAACUAAACGAACAACGUCAAUUGGGUCUUCUUUGUGACUGCACAUUUGUGGUGGAUGGAGUAGACUUCAAGGCGCACAAGGCAGUUCUGGCAGCAUGUAGUGCUUACUUUCGCACUCUCUUUUUAGACCAGAAUGAUGUCGUUCAUCUUGAUAUCAGCAAUGCCGCAGGUCUUGAGCAGGUUCUUGAGUUUAUGUACACAGCAAAGCUGACUCUGAACUCUCAGAACUUGGAGGACGUGCUUGCUGUAGCUACUUUCCUUCAAAUGCAAGAAAUUGUCAAUGCUUGUUCUGCUUUUCAGUCAGUGGCUGUCCCUUCAUCAUCUAAGCCUGUAAGAGAGCCUGUGGAGGAACAACCAAGAUCUGUAAGGAAAACAGAGGAUACAACAUCCGACGAGCAGCAGGAGACUCAUGCCAUAGCUAGGAAUGCGGCACCUGAAGUGAAAGAAGCUCCUUCACAAUCUGAGACAACAGAAACUCAGGAGGUUGCAUGCAACACACCUGAGAAGCAAAGCGCAAAGACCCAGAGAACUGUAAGCAAAGUUUGUGGGCCGUCCAAGCUCAGCCACCCCACCAGACAAAAGAAAGCAGCCAAGACAGAAAUGGAGGAAGAGAAAGCCGCAAAUGAGAUUCCACAAUAUCAAGACGACCCUUCUGAUGCAGACUACACUCCCAGAUACUCCCAGAGGUUAACAGCUAAACAGUCUUAUGUUAGCAGAAGGAGAAGCAAGUCGAAAUAUGCUACUGUUCACCCAUCCACACAAGUUGAAGACAGUGAGGAAAGCAUGUCGAAAGCUGAGAUCGUGGAGAUCAUUGGAGAGGAAGAUGAUGGAGAGGAUGAAGGAGAGGAGGAAGUGGAGGAAGAAGGAGAAGAGAUGGAGACAGAGGAUGGAGAAACGACAGGUUCGGAGGAGAAGAGCCUGAAGUCUGGAGCUGAGCGCAGUGAAUCCAAAGCUUAUGGCUCUGUCACACACAAAUGUGAGGACUGUGGGAAGAAGUUUACGCACGCAGGCAACUUUAAACGUCACAUACGUAUUCACACUGGUGAGAAACCAUUUAGUUGCAGAGACUGCAACAAAGCUUUCUCUGAUCCAGCUGCCUGCAAAGCACAUGAGAAAACACACAGUCCUGUGAAGCCAUACUGUUGUUCCACAUGUGGAAAGAGUUACCGGCAGAUCAGUCUACUGAACCUGCACAGGAAGCGGCAUACAGGCGAGGCGCGGUAUAGCUGUGAGGACUGUGGUAAGCUUUUUACCACAUCUGGAAAUCUGAAGCGGCAUCAGCUAGUGCACAGCGGAGAGAAGCCCUAUCAUUGUGAAUACUGCGAACGGGCCUUUUCUGAUCCCACCGCUAAGAUGCGGCAUCUAGAGACCCACGACACAAACAAAGGUCACAAAUGUCCACACUGUGACAAGAAAUUCAACCAGCUGGGGAACCUGAAAGCUCACCUGAAGAUCCACAUUGCAGAUGGGCCUCUUAAGUGUAAAGAAUGCGGAAAGCAGUUCACCACCUCAGGAAACCUAAAGAGACACCUGCGUGUGCACAGUGGAGAAAAACCCUUUGUCUGUAUGCACUGCCAGAGAGCUUUUGCUGACCCUGGAGCCUUGCAGAGACAUGUGCGCAUCCACACAGGGGAAAGGCCUUGUCUCUGCAUGAUUUGUGGAAAGGGCUUCACACAGGCCAGUUCACUCAUUGCUCAUGUUCGUCAGCACACUGGGGAGAAACCGUAUGUGUGUGACCGCUGUGGCAAAAGGUUUGUGCAGUCCAGCCAGCUGGCCAAUCACAUCCGUCACCAUGAUAAUAUCCGACCACACAAGUGCCACGCCUGCAACAAAGCAUUUGUCAAUGUGGGAGAUCUCUCCAAGCAUAUCAUUAUUCAUACAGGGGAGAAACCUUUUCUGUGUGAUAAAUGUGGCCGAGGAUUCAACCGUGUGGACAACCUCCGUUCCCACGUGAAGACUGUGCACCAGGGGAAUGCAGGAAUGAAGAGACUAGUGGUUUCUGAGGAGGAUGGGGAGGAGAAACUGCUGCCCGACACCCCAGGCUCAGAGUUUGACAAUAAUGAAGUCAACAUCGUCACCGUCACCACAGAUGACAUCGUGACUCUGGCCACAGAGGCUCUGGCUGCCAGUGCCGUAGCACAGCUGACUGUGGUGCCGAUGUCAACUGCCGUAUCAGCAGAUGAAACGGAGGCACUGAAAGCAGAGAUCACAAAAGCAGUGGAAAAAGUGCAGGAGGCAGAUCCGAACACCCAGAUCUUGUAUGCAUGUGACUCUUGCGGUGAGAAGUUCCUGGAUGCCAGCUCCCUUGCCCAGCAUGUGCGCAUUCACACUGCCCAGGCCCUGGUCAUGUUUCAGGCAGACUCUGACUUCUACCAGCAGUAUGCAGGAGACGGUACAUGGCAAACUACUGAGCAGGUGAUCCAGGGGGGCGAGCUCUUGUUCCGCACCCCGGAAGAAGAUGGUGAUGAAGGUGAAGGAACUCUAGCCCAGUCAGAUUCUCAGACUGAGGAGAAGGAAGAGGAGACCAGUACACAGACAGAGACAGAAGAAGGAAGGGUGGAAUCUGAAAGCCAGUGACAAUAUGAAAACAUGAAGAGAUCAACAUAAAGUUGAAACUGUCACAAAGCUUAUAACGUAAAUACAACAUAAAUUUGAUAUUUAGCAUAAGAGGGAUGUUAUGCUAAUUAAAAUUUUAUAAUAGAUAAUAAUAAGAUGCUCAUAUUUUGAAACUGUUGUCAUAAAAUCGCACAAACCACAGCACAAUGUGUGUGGUUAGAUCUAUACAACCAUAACAAUGCUAACAAUACUAGGUUGUAUAGAAUUGUUUAAAUAGAAAAGAAAACAAGAUAAAAUGUAAUUAAAUGUGAACAAAACAAAUAUAUUAGUUUUAAUUCUCUGUUUGUUUGUUUGUCAGACAUUUUAAUACCAGCUGAAAGUCUAUGUGCAUCCCUGUAUAUUUCAUCUGCCAGAUCAUGUAUUUACAGUCUUGCAGGGUAGAUGGUGUUACUGAGGCCAAUUAAACAUAUGACUGUCCAACAGCUUUCAGUUUUCAACAGAUCAGGUUGUGAAAUUUUAUUUAUACAUUUUGUUUGUUAUUUCAUUUUUUCUUUGUGGAGAUUGAGCAUUUUCUGGGGUGAAUUUACCAUAAAACUGCUGAUUAUAAAUGUAUUCUUAUUAUUUGCUAAAAGAUAAAAAGCUGAAACAACUCUCAAAAAUGCUAAAAUACAUUUCAUUUUAAAGUGGCUCAUGUUUAAAAUGCAUCUUCUGUAUUUCUAAAUGUAUUAAUUGUGUUCCGCUAUUUUCACAUGUUUAGAAAGGCAAAAAAAAAAAUCUGAUUUCUAUCUGUUUAGAUUUUUGAAAAAGACAUGAAAUCAGAUUUUUACUAAAUGGAACACAAACAUUCGGUGGGUGAUUUGAAAUCAGAUUAAAAUCAGAUUUUUGUUAAUGUAUCAGUCUGGUCAGAUUGGAUUUCAGUUUUUUUUUUUGUCAUUCGUUGUCCCCGACGGCACCAACAAUCAUCCAUGUGAUUAUCUAGUCAGCAAAUUAUGUAGCAGCAGUGUAUAAAAUCAUGCAGGUAAGGGUCAGGAGCGUCAGUGAAUGCUCACAUCAACCAUCAGAAUGGGGAAAAAAAUGUGAUCUUACUGAUUUGGACCGUGGCCUGAUUGUUGGUGCCUGAUGUGCUGGUUUGAGUAUUUCUAUAACUGCUCUGUUACAGAAAUAUUUCUGUUUACUCUGAAUGGUGCCAAAAAAUUAAACAUCCAGUGAGCAUCAGUUCUGUGGAUGGAAAUGCCUUAUUGAUGAGAGAGGUCAUCAGAGAAUGGCCACACUGGUUCGAACUGACAAAGUCUAUGGUAACUCAGAUAACCACUCUGUACAACUGUGGUGAGAAGAAUAGUAUCUCAGAAUGCUAUUCUAAGAUGCAGGUUGGAGCUGUUUUGGUGGCACGAGGGGGACCUACAUAAUAUUAGGCAGGUGGUUUUAAUGUUGUGGCUGAUCGCUGUAUACUGAUGUCUGACAAAGCGCAUGUGGGGUUUUUUUUCUCUCUUAAUAAGCUCAUUAAAUUUAUAUUGAAGUAACAGUUUGACAACAUUGUUGUGUGUUUACAUGAUAUGAAUAAAUAGUUGAAUAAAAAAUAUCGAUA